UUGAAAGUAAAGUUUUUUUUCCUGCUAUCAUGUUCUAUUAUGAAAGGGUGUAACACUGUCUGACGUUACUGUAACGACUUCGGGACAGCAGAUUUUGCCCCGUUACCACUUUGGGAAGUUGGUUAUGGCUGCUGCUUCACGUUCGUGGUAGGCGGGGUCAUUGGUGUGUAUCCCCCCUCCCACCCAUAGGAACCCACUUAGCCAAGACUUUUAACUUCUCCCAACUACCUUCAGACAAAGACUUUUUGCUUUAUCGACAGCUCCGCGUCCACGCCGCUGUGGUUUAUAAGACCCCUGAUAGACUCACUCUCUCGGAGCACUACUUCACCCGCCGCCGCAGCGUCUCUCCAAGGGUGCAUGUGACUACUUCUCUCCGUGACAUCUGAAUCCCGGUCGACCUUUUCCUCCCUCCUUCCCGGACCCUUCCUCCCCCAUUUCACCCUCACCCUGUCCUCCCUCCCCCAAAGCCAGACUGUCAUCCAUGGCGCUGGAUAAGCUUCGGCGUUUUGGGCAGCAGUUGCUGAGGGUGAAGGUGGUGGACUGUAGCACAGAAGACUCGCAUCUCUGUCGAUGUCUUAACACCUUUGACCUGGUGGCCCUGGGCGUGGGCAGCACGCUGGGCGCUGGUGUUUAUGUGCUGGCCGGUGCUGUUGCUAGAGAGAAUUCUGGUCCUGCCAUUGUGCUGUCUUUCUUGAUAGCCGCCUUAGCCUCUGUGCUGGCGGGACUGUGCUAUGCUGAGUUUGGAGCUCGUGUCCCCAAGACAGGAUCAGCUUACCUUUACUCUUAUGUGACUGUGGGAGAGCUCUGGGCCUUUAUCACUGGAUGGAACCUCAUUCUCUCCUAUGUCAUUGGCACAUCCAGUGUGGCCCGUGCAUGGAGUGCCACCUUUGACGAGUUGGUAGGAAAGCGCAUAGAGGAGUUCUGCAAAGAGUACAUGUCUAUGGAUGCACCAGGUAUACUGGCUGAGUACCCUGACAUGUUUGCAGUUCUCAUCAUAUUCAUUCUCACAGGUCUGCUGGCAUUUGGAGUUAAAGAGUCAGCGAUCGUAAACAAAGUCUUCACAUGUAUCAACAUCCUGGUCCUGAUGUUCAUGGUCAUCUCUGGCCUGGUCAAGGGAACUCUGAAGAACUGGCACUUAGACCCUGAGGAAAUCCUCCAUGCUUCAAGGGCUAACUUUAGUCUUAAUUUAACCAGUGUCCUACCAACCAGAGAGAGUUUAGGAGCAGGCGGCUUCAUGCCAUUCGGCUUCACUGGCGUCCUCUCCGGUGCCGCAACCUGUUUUUAUGCUUUUGUUGGAUUUGACUGCAUCGCCACCACAGGUGAGGAGGUGAAGAACCCCCAGAGAGCCAUCCCUAUCGGCAUCGUCUCCUCGCUGCUCAUCUGCUUCGUUGCUUACUUCGGCGUCUCUGCCGCCCUCACCCUCAUGAUGCCUUACUACCUGCUGGACAGCAACAGCCCUUUGCCUAUAGCCUUCAACUACGUGGGCUGGGGCGGAGCCAAGUAUGCUGUAGCUGUGGGUUCUUUGUGUGCUCUGUCUACAAGUCUGCUGGGUUCCAUGUUCCCCCUACCCCGUAUCAUCUUUGCCAUGGCCCGGGACGGCCUGCUCUUCUCCUUCCUGUCCCACGUCAGUGAGAGGAAAUCCCCAAUAACAGCCACUGUGACUGCGGGGGUCAUGUCUGCAAUCAUGGCCUUCCUGUUUGACCUGAAGGACCUGGUGGACCUGAUGUCAAUCGGGACGCUGCUGGCCUACACCUUAGUGGCUGCCUGUGUCCUGGUGCUCAGAUACCAGCCGGAGCAGCCCAGUCUGGUGUUUGAGACCCAGGAGGAAGGGGAGAUGAGUGAUGGUAUCAGUGUCCCCAGUAUGGGCAUCCUCCCUGGUGUGGAGGAACGAUUCAGUGUCAAGUCACUGCUAAUGCCGUACAGCCCUGAGCCGUCGUUGAUGUCAGGGUCCGUGGUAAAUGUCUGUACCUCGAUCAUGGGGGUGUUGAUCCUGAUGUUUAGCGUGCUGGCAGUGCACGGAGGUUUUGCUCUGUGGAACAUCCCCACCCUCGGCCUCAUCUUCGCCGUCUGCCUCGUCCUUACCUUCAUCAUCUGGAGGCAACCUGAAUGCAAGACAAAGCUUUCUUUUAAGGUUCCACUGCUGCCCUUCAUCCCAGUCUUCAGCAUGUUUGUCAAUGUCUACCUGAUGAUGCAGCUCGACAGAGGAACCUGGAUGAGGUUUUCAAUCUGGAUGGCUUUAGGUUUUGCCAUCUACUUUUUCUACGGUAUCCAUCACAGUGCAGAGGCCUCUACGAGCCACUCAUCACCGGAAACAGAGAUGACCUACUUCAAACAGGACCACGAGUCUGAGUCUCUGGCACAAGAGAAGGAGGCUUUCCUCCACAACGGCAUCACUGCUGAGGAGGAAGAUGACGGAGACUUGUAAAGUAUAAGAACAUUCUGUGGACAUUUCACUCUCACUUCCCUGACGCCAGUCUGUCUGUGCAGGAACUUUUCUGAAAGGACAAAUACCGGCCCCUUGUUGGCAGUGCACAGUGUUAGAGAGAGUAAUAUAAAUAAAUUUGACCUGAGAUUCCCAGACCCGCAGUGUUUCUCAUCAACAGACAACUGGUGAUAAAACCCGUUUAAUAACAGACCUUCAGUGUCCAUAAAUCGUGGGGCAGGAGGGGGGUUUGUAGAUACUCGUGCUUCCUGUCACAGAUUACACACAUCUAGAUUAGACUGUGGGCGUUGACGUGGUAGAUCUGUUUCUUCUACAAAAGGCUGAUGAUUUGUGCAAUGUUCUUCCACUCCCUUGACUGUCAGCUUCCAGCAUCGUGUCAUUGGACUUGAGGUCCAGCAGCUGCUCAUUGUAUCUUGAAAUUCUGAAGGAGAAGGAUUCAACAGAAACGCGUUUGAGUUUUAAGAGAGCGUCAAGAUGUAGAGAAGCUUCGAUAUUUCUUCAGCCUCACAUUAAGUCGGUGACUCUUAAAGCAUCGAAUGGAGGUGAUGUGGCAUCGUCUGUCCACUGGACAUCACAGCAUUGUUCACUAAUAGUUUCCUCCUGAAGCUUAGCAGGCUUUUUACAGUAUCUCUAUAUUUUAAAAUAAAAAUGGAUUUGACAAAAAAAAACCACCUCUUAAUCUUGAUAUAACAAUUCUGUCAGUAUUGACUCCAAAAUCCUGCCACUUGUCACAAUUGGCCAGACUAGAUACAUUAGAUAUAUUUUUGUGUAAGUAAUUAUAUAUUUGACAAACAUGUUUUUAAUCUAUCUUCAACCAGCGCUCAUAUAUAUCCCAUGAGAAGAAAUUCUGCUUCCCCUUUUCCAAAAAAUGAAUGACUUCUUUAUUUCUGACAUUAGAUCGUGGCCCCUUCACUGUGGUUUGGGAAGUCUUUUCAGCAGUGUAAUGUUGUGUAUAUACAAUGUUGUGUAUAUUUCUUGUAGUAAAUUAUUUGUCAUUUGGAUUGUGGGCUUUUUGUUACUGUGAAAGUCUUAUGACUGUGGUGCAGCUUGUUGCAUUUGUAGCUCUGUGUCUAUAUUCCCUUGAAAGCCGUACCUGACCAACGAUCAGCCUUCUUACUAACUCUUUUAUUUCAAAUACAGGAAUUAAAAAAAAAAAAAAAACUAUUUCAUGAAUUACUGAAAAUAUAUGUUGUGUACAUUUGACUAAGGAUUGUUAUAUUUUAUUUCUAUUAGGUUUUCAGAAAUGGAGGUAAAGUAAGUUUUACAGAUGUUUUAUGCCUUACUUGUAAGUAUAUGUAAACACUUUUAUGUACAUAUACAUAUAUUAUAUGUAUACAUAUAUGUACAGUUCAUAUAUGUACAUAUAUUGUAUGGAUAUAUGUACUGUAUGUUUUUGUUAGUGUGUUUUGACCUUCAGUGUUAACCUAGUCAGGAAGUACAAACCAUAAUUCCUGUCCAGUAUUACUUUUCAAUAGGUUGCGUAAUUGCCCUUUAGGGCUUCUCGUUUACACACUACACACCAUUAGACACAGUCUGAGACACAACAUUUACUUUAUUUCGUUCUAAAAAAUGACCCACAGCUGUAGCUUUGCAGUUCACACUACAGUUCAACUGAAGAGCCCAGAGUAACUCGUACUUCAUUGACCUCCUGUAAAUUAAGAUUUUCUAUUUUGUUUUGCUGGUCAGCUGUGCUUUUUGUUGAUGUCUGGAAGUUUCAAUGCUCAAUUCUUGUAAAUAAAAAAUAACUUGUAAAAUUC